CCAAGUUAGAGACUCUCCUUGACAACACGAACGUUUGUUUUCUGCCUCCCUAGAAACCGCUGACGGUACUUAUGGUAACGUUACUGAUGAAUCUCUUAAGCCAGUAUCGCAACCUACAUAACAGCAAAGCUAAACAACGGGCAAGAACUCUGAAUGUUUUGCUUUUUAAUAGUAAAAUCUGACGUUCGAACGCUCUCAGUGAACUCAACAGCUCAGCUGUAUUUAGGGAAAUCCACGCGUCCAUGGAGGCGGCGCUUAACGUUACUGGAGUUCACUAAAGAGCUAGACAGUGUUCAGCCCUGCAGUCAGUCUACCUUUGACUCAACGUUAAACAGUUGAUUUCGAUACGAGUAAGUUAAGUUAAUUAUAUUAUGGGUCGUUUUCUGAAUUGUUUCGUCCAGUGAUUUCUAUCCUGGCUGCCAUUUGAAAACUCUCCAUCGACAGACUGCAGCGUUCCCGCAGUGCUACCCCUGUAUUGGUUUUAAGGUUCUUCUAGACACCCUCAGUCCUCUCAGAGAUGCUGAACCAAAGCACAAACAUUGAGAAGGACUUCCAAGCACCUGAUUAAAAAAGAACUGCCGCCAUCUCCCUGUCUUCAUCUACCUCUGCCUUCAAACAUCCAAAGUCCAGUCUCAAAAGAAUAUGGCAUUUUUAAUGAAAAAGAAGAAGUUCAAGUUUCAGAUACACUUCACCCUGGAGGAGCUUACGGCUGUGCCGUUUGUGAAUGGGAUGCUCUUCUGCAAAAUCAGGCUGUUGGAUGGUGGAGACUUUUCCAUUUCUUCAUCCAGACAGGAGGUUCAGGAGAACUGUGUUCGCUGGCGAAAGAAGUUCUCCUUUGUGUGUAAGAUGAGUGCCAGUCCUGCCACGGGGGUCCUGGACCCCUGCAUUUGCCGAGUGUCUGUGCGUAAGGAACUUAAAGGUGGAAAGGCUUUUUCAAAGCUGGGCUUUGCUGACCUCAACUUGGCGGAGUUUGCUGGUUCAGGCUCCACUGUUCGCUGCUGUAUACUAGAGGGCUACGACACCAAGAACACUCGGCAGGACAACUCCAUACUUAAAGUUACCAUUGGCAUGACUCUUCUCUCUGGAGAUCCCUGCUUCAAAACGCCUGUGAGCACAGCUAAGACCAUUGCCAUGGCUGGGCAGGACCCCUCUCUGCAGCUGGACCGCAAGGGAGAGGGCACCGCUGACCACUCUGCACCGGCCCUCGGUGGCAGCACUCGCCGAUCGUUCAAAAGCAGACCCUCUGGAGGACUUCAGGAGGGACUGGAGGAGAACCUGUCCAGUCCAGAUGAAGUGUUUCACACGGGACAUUCUCGCAACUCCAGCUUUGCCAGCCAACAGAGCAAAAUCUCAGGCUACAGUACGGAGCACUCUCACUCCAACAGCCUGACAGAUCUGUCCCAGCACCGGCGGAACACCUCCACCAGCAGCAGCAACACAUCAGGAGGAACGUCUACAACUAUCGAGAGCCCCGUAGAGCCGGACAAAGAAGUGGUAAAACAAGAGAGACCCCCACGUCCCCCACGACCUGCUCUGCCCCCGAACAGACCCUCAAGGAGAAAGAAGGACACUGUUGAGAACCAUCCCACAUGGGUAGACGACACACGCAUUGAUGCAGAUGAUAUUGUGGAGAAGAUUGUGCAGAGUCAGAACUUUGCGGAUGUCAGCAACAAUGAAGACAGCAAUUUAACUCUAUUCGUCAGUAGGGAUGGCACCACAGCAUUAAGUGGCAUACAGCUUGUCAACAGGGUGUCUGCGGGUGUUUUUGAACCGGUGGUGAUUGAGAGCCAUUAGAUCUCUGAGGCCACAGUAGAUACUCUCUCACACAGCAACUGCCUUUUUUUUUAUUUUUAAAUGAUGGAGAGCGCAAGACAGGGACUGUAUGUCAGACUGGGCACCUGACUUCACAACUUGCUCCUCUUAUGCAUCUGACGUAUUACUCGCCUAUUAAAACCAUAACACCCUUAUCAUGCAUUACAUUCGCUGAAAAAACAGUGGUGGGUACGUUCAUUGUUUUAUGAUUAAGAAUGAAUUAAUCAUAAAGAUUUUACAGCGGAUUACAAACUACUUGAAAUGCCUUAAGAAAUGAGGCAAGAUGGGAGCUUCAGUCUAACACUGUGAAAUAUGAGGGCAGUCCAAAGGUUUUAGAAAGAAAAUUUUGUUCAAUAUUAUAUUAAAAUGUUAGAAGCAUUUCGCAUAUUAUUUAAUGAUUUAAAGUGGGAUGAUUUAAUGUCUUCUGUUUUUUGUGAUGCAUUUCACACCCGUUAAAUACAAACCACUGAAAUCCACCUGCCCUUGCAUACAUUCUAAUAAUGCAGUUUAGUCAAUAACAAGCCCAUUAGCCUGUGAUAAACAUGGAUUAAUAUACAUGAAAUCAUGUAUGGCUGGCCAUACAUAUAUGUCAGAGGCAAAGAAAACAGUUAAGCUAUUCCCCCACAUACAGUAGCCACUUUCAGUAUCACACUCACACACUCAGUAUCAUAUGUUCCAGCAGGACUGGUGAAGAUGAAAUACAUAAAUAUACUGUACUGCCCCCGCUCUUUCUCUUUCUCUUCCUAUGGAAAAUUCCCAGUACAUUUCUAACUUCGUCUGUCAGUAUUUCAGUUUAUUUCACUAUUCUAAUCUUUGACUCUGCUGCUGGUUUCAGCUUUGAGUAUUUGUGUGACUGGGAGUUUUGGCUCUGACAGCUCUGUGGUGGGUGCAGACACCACAACAAGCACAGCCAUUUGUGGGAUUCUCUCACUAGGGUCUUGUUAGGAUCAAAAUGGUCAUAUCCAGUGAGAUCCUGCAUUGUGCCGUCAAAUAUAAAGUAAGAGCAAAUGAUUUGGAGAAUCCUUUUUGUAUGACCCCACUGAAUAAUUCCAUUGUUUGUAGGGCUAGAUCAGAGACCGUGACUCAUAGUCACACGUCUGUCCUUGACGCCUGCCUCUGUGUUUCUGACCAGCACCUGGUGUGCAAUAGGAAACAGUGUACAAUAGACAUGACAGUGAAAUAGAGAGAACGGAAGGCCCGGUUUUCUGUUUCUCUGUCAUGUACUGCUUGUUUGUCAUCUAAUUAGCUAUUCAUGAUCUUUGUCAUUGAGAUGAAUCUUUCUCAGUUGAUCUGAGAGCAUUCACCACAUUAAAGACAGACAUUUUGUUUUAUUUUUUGUCAGUUGUGAGAAAAGUGCAAUGUGGGCUUGUUGUUUUGCAAAAGCCCAUUUUAAUGAGUUCUUUCAGGGAAUUGAGCCCUGAAAUAUUUCACCUGUCCAGUGGCUUAAAAUGACACGUUUGAACAGAAUCACUGUUCACUAGUAUACUAGAGAGGUGAGGGUUAGUUACAUUCACAUUCAUAUUAAUUAACAUUCUUGUUAUUAAUGCCAUUAAAAAAGGAGUCUGUGGCAUGAUCCAGCUGCUUCUCUACAGGAUUAGCACUCCUGGAAAUUUAAAGUAACACUAACUUUUAAAGGGCAAAAUAUACAGUAUGAUAGUUAUGCGGCCUGAUAAAGCGUGUUCUGGAUGUUUCUGCUUAGCUAGUAUAAGGGGAUUCUCUGAAGACACUGAAAAACGUAUCUAAUUCUUUUUAUUGUUUACUCUUUGUCGCUUUCAUCUACUCUUACACAAAAAAAGCUAUUAGUAACUAGGAACAAUAACUCUAUCCUGUCGUCUUUAUUUUCGAGCCAGCGGGCUGGUUCACUGGAAUCUCUAUCAGGGGGAUUUGAUGUCAAAUAAUUCUAAGUCUAACAUUUGUGUUGAAAUAAUGACCAUCUGUGGUUCUUGUUCUUUCUCUCUUCUCUCUCUUUGUCUCACAAACACUUUUGUAAUGUUUUUAGUGAUAAUUUACAUGUAAUAUGUGAUCUUUCUAAUGCAGAAGAGUAGAUAUAUUUACACAUAUUUAUUUAUAUAUAUAUAUAUAUAUAUAUAAUAUAUAUAUAUAUAUAUAUAUAUAUAUAUAUAUAUAUAUAUAUAUAUAUAUAUAUAUAUAUAAACUUGAUUUAAGAUGCUGUUGCAGGGAGCAGACUGGGAUAUAUAUGCAAAAGUUGGAAGCAAGAGGGAUGAUGUCAUUUAUAGUUUUCGUACAUUUCAGUAAUCUGGAGCUUUUGUUCUCUUUAAAAAUAAGUUUGUUUAAUCCAUGCAUGCACGUUUAUUUAUUUAUAUAUGAAAUAAAUAUUGUUUUAAAUAUGUAAAUCUAAGGUUUGAACAGCAUUGAGCGGCACAGGCUCCAGGAUACUGAAACCUCAGAUGAUAUAUAUGUAAAGUUCACUACAACAGCACUUAAAUACCGAGGACUAACUAACGUCACUCACACACUCUCCAGAAUGUUGAUCUUCAUUUCUCCUGUACUAUCGUAAAGGAUGAAAGCUUUAUGCACUUACAGAAAGCUUUCAAUGAUAACAUCCAUAUUAAUGACAGCAACAUUCAUAAAGUGAAAUACAUUCUGGAGAUUUCUUUAAAAAUGAAUUUACCACUAAAGUACUAUGGAAAUGAAUUUAUUUUUCUGAUUGUGACAAAUAUUUAUAUAUAAGCAAUGUGGUGUUGCUCCAAAGUUUUCUUGGAUUUAUGUUUGGUUUCAUGCAUGGAGAGGAUACUUUCUAAUGAUGGACUGGAACUAUAUUUCUACACUCAAAUGUGAAUGUUUCUUUCUUUAACGUAACUGUCAGGUGAGGUUAUCUGUAUGUAUUAUUUGGGGGAAAUAAAGAUAAUUUUGGGUAAUAAAUAAAAAUAUUUGUUGUGUGAUUUAUUUAACAUCCAGCUAGGCUAUUAUAUGAUUUACUUAUGAACUAGUUUUUAUUGCUAGUACACGGAAUGCACGUGUGCUAAUUAGCUGUAGUAAUGAAGCUGAAACUAAAUAUAAUCUACAAACUGUACCAAUUUGUUCAGUCUUAACUUAGUUCCUUUAACUAAACUUAGUUCCUUCGAUAGAUUAACUUAGUAUUUUUGACAUGUAGACAUUGUGUUGGUGCUAUACAUGAAAUUAAACAAGAUAACCAGAUGAUUGUGGAAUAUAUUCUUGAACAGUCUUGAAACUGCUUCUGUAACUCAAACUCACCCGAUUCCUGCUCUCUGAUACAAAAAGAUCAUAUGUUAAUAUGAAAUGUGCAUUUAGCGCGGAUUCGAGCGCCCUCGUGUGCUGGAAAUUUUUGAGAGCUUUAAAAAAAAAAAAAAAAAAAAAACUACAUUUCCCAGCACGACUUCCGUUGUUCGUCGGAAGUACAUUUCAAAAUCAGGACAUUUUGGUUUCAUGCGGAAGUGACACGUUCAUAAUGGCAACAGGAGCAGAUCAAGCUGUUGGUUUUGGACUCCUUGGUUUUAGUCUGUCGCUGUUUACAUAUUACACCAUUUGGGUCAUAGUCUUGCCUUUUGUAGACAGUGACCAUGUGAUCCACAGCUAUUUUCUUCCACGCGAAUAUUCAGUCAUACUUCCUGGAGUUGCAGCAUUAAUCCUCUUACUUUUUGUUGGCACCUUCAUAGGGGUGGUAACAUGGAAGAAUCGAAAACCUAAGAAAGUUGAUUAAGACUCUCCAGGCUGUCGUGAUUCAUCUGGUCACAAGAACGAACUGUUGAUUUCACUCAUGUACCACUUCCUGUACACAGCCGCGUGAAGAUCAACUCCAAAGCUGCUCUUCUGAAUUCCAGUUAUUAGACAUCUUCAGGUGGUUCUUAAAAUAAACAACAAAAUAGAUUUCAUUAAUAGCCAGAGCAGUACUGAACAUGUAGCUGCUUAGUAGUCUGUUUGAGCUUUGUGCACCCAGUGGCCACAACCUUGAUUGAAGCCACACUACACUACCUGUGACAUGUUUAGCUUUGGAGAAUUCUUUCCAUAGUCAGGGAGAUAAAUGCAAAUUUAGGCACCUAAGAGAUGGGGUAGAUUUAUGUAUAGUGUGUAUCUGGAAGACAUCUAAAUGGAAUAUGAGAUUUCUCUUUUUGUUUAGUCAUGCUUUAAGUUGAGAUUCAGCUGUUCUUUUAUGUUGUAAAUAGAUGUAUUUAAAAACUGGAGUGCUUGAUUCUAGCAGCAGAAUAAUUCAGGACAACAAUCUAUAAAGAAUGAGAAAGAGAACUUUUUGUAAUAUAAACAAUCCCACAUUAAAAUGAAUAGAAAUAUGCUUAACUUUA